AUGCUCAGAUCAGCCUCAAGAGCCUUCACAAGAGCCGCCGCUGCUCGCCCUACAAUCAACAUGGCCCCUAGAAUGGCCUCUGCUAUUCUUUCGGCAAACAAAUCUACCUGGGCUAACGUCCCCCAAGGCCCCCCCGACGCCAUUCUCGGUAUCACUGAAGCCUUCAAGAAGGACCAAUUCCCCCAAAAAAUUAAUGUCGGUGUCGGUGCCUACCGUGACGAUGCAGGCCAGCCUUUUGUCCUUUCUUCAGUCCUCGAAGCUGAAAAGCGUGUCUUGGACCAAAACCUCAAUAAAGAAUAUGCUCCCAUCACAGGUAUCCCCUCUUUCACUUCUGGCGCUGCUGAACUCGCUUACGGUGAAUUCUCUCCUGUCAUUACCCAAAACCGUCUCGCUAUUACUCAAUCUAUCUCAGGUACUGGUGCCCUCCGUAUUGGCGCUGACUUUGUCUCGCGCUUUUUCGGCAAGAAGAAAAUCUAUAUCCCUAACCCUACCUGGGCUAACCACAAGAACAUUUUCAGAGAUGCUGGUAUGGAAGCUGUUUCGUACCGUUAUUACAACAAGGAUACCAUUGGUCUCGACUUUGAAGGACUUCUUGAAGACCUUCGUCUCGCUGAAGAUGGCUCAGCCAUUCUUCUUCACGCUUGCGCUCACAACCCCACAGGUGUUGACCCUACCCAAGAGCAAUGGCGCCAAAUCGCAGAGGUCUUUCAAGAAAAGGGUCACUUCCCCUUUUUCGAUAUGGCCUACCAGGGUUUUGCCUCUGGUGAUAUUUCCCGUGAUGCUUACGCUGUGAGAUACUUUGUUGACCAGGGUUUCCAGAUUGCUCUUUGCCAAUCUUUUGCUAAAAACAUGGGUCUUUACGGUGAACGUGUUGGUGCCUUUUCCCUCGUUGCUGAGUCUCCUGAGGAACGUGCUCGCAUUGAGUCUCAACUUAAGAUUAUCAUCCGUCCCAUGUACUCUAACCCUCCCAUCCAUGGUGCCCGCAUUGCCUCUGAGAUUCUUAAUGAUGCUAUUCUUAAGGCCAAGUGGCUCCAGGAGGUUAAGGAUAUGGCUGACCGUAUGAUUUCCAUGCGUUCUCUUCUCAAGCAGAACCUCGAGGCUCUUGGUUCUAUCAAGAACUGGGACCACGUCACUUCCCAGAUUGGUAUGUUUUGCUACACUGGUCUGAGCCCGGAGCAGGUUGAUAAGCUUGCCCAGGAAUACUCUGUCUAUGGUACUCGUGAUGGCCGUAUCUCCAUUGCUGGCAUUACUUCUGGCAAUGUUGCACGUCUUGCUGAGGCCAUUCACAACGUUACCAAAUAA